AUGGCCUGUAACCACAGCAACGGCAGACGAUUGGAGAAUCAUGGCCGACACCUACAAACGCCUGACAGAAGACACCAGCAUAAAACCCAUCGGGCUCAUGCUGGAGCAGCUCAACGCCCGUACCCCUUUCUCGCAGGCUUCCCCGGGAUCAACUGCGAUGCAGGCUUUGAUGCGUGCGUCUGCGGCACCGCGCAGGGUGAGAUACCCGCCGAGAAAUUGACCGGUGGCGGCAAUGUGGUUCAUGUCGAGGUUGGUGUUGGGAUUGGCCUGGACGUAAGUCUCCGGGAAGUCCAGGACGGCACUGGUCACGAUCUCCUAGUCGGGUCGCAGAACCAGCCCCUAGCCCGGUCCGUCAAAUUUCAUCUCUAUUUUGUCUGCUUAGGAUAUCCCCCUAGUUAG